CAACAUAGGAGAUUUAGACGAAGCCAAAGAAAGGAAGCCUAGCAAAUAGAAUCGAUUGGAAUCGAUGUUGCGCGAGGUCACACACUUGAACACGCAUCGCCAGUACACACGCACUCGAGCGUGAAUCACUAACGCACAUCACGCAAAGCUACGGAAGCGGUACGAAGGCAUACAUUAUACUGUAAAAGACAACACGGUUUUACUGUUCAAACCCCAUAAAAAGUAUCAAGUAACCACAAAAAACUUUCCAUCUAUCACAUCAUAUAUCAAGAAGUAUCGUUCUGAAGAUUCUAUGUAAUGGACGCUUCUGCCAUCACGCGCGAGGUUUCGAAAAAAACAGAAGUGCCAGCGUCGAAUACAAACAGGACCGUCCCUCAAGACGAUAUCAUGCUAAGGAGGGUAGACUCUGAGCAAGAAGGCAGUCUGGAAAAAUUCGCUCAGCUACGAAAGGAGCAUAUCCUAUGCGAUGUGGAAGUGAUAGUUAGCGAUGGUGUGUUCAAAGCACACGGAGUGAUUAUUAGUAUUGGAAGUGAAUACUUUCGUGAUCGUCUCACGGCAAUCGCGUGCAGGGAGAAUAAAAGGAUUGAGUUGAAAUACAAAAUCACGAAAGGAACUUUAGAAAAUGUGCUGGAUUUCUUGUAUUCUGGUAACAUUAAGAUAACUGAAAGCAACGCUUGUGCCCUACUUGAAGCUGCAGUUUAUUUGAGGAUUUCUAGCCUCAAAUUUCACUGCGAGGAGUUCACAAUCUCUCGACUCUCGCUCAAUAACUGUUUUCAAAUCAUGGAUUUAUCAAAGAAGUUUAAGAGUGGUAAAUUGGACAGGGCAUCGAUGGAGUACAUUUGUAAAAAUUUUCUCCAUCUCUCGAAGAAUGCCGAGUUUCUUUGUCUAGAGCCUGAAUACGUGGAGAAAAUUUUAUGCUGCAAAUUUCUAACGGUAAAGAAAGAAGAAGACGUAUUUGUGGCUCUGUCAUCCUGGGUACAGCACGAUUUCAGUCGAAAGCAGACCCUUCCACACUUCUUCAAGAAACUCGAUUUUUUUGCAAUGUCAAAAUUUUUCAUUGCUGAUCACGUGGCCAACGACCAGCUUAUUGUAAGUUCCCCAGAAUGCACGGCACACCUCAUCAGAGUAAUAAGCUCAAUGUUGUUACCUGGUAGGGAGGAUGUAGAUCUAUUUUUAGCGGACCGAGUCACGCAUUCUUGUAACGUAGAUUGCGUGAUUUUGGCAGGAGGAACUGGCAGGAAAAGUCGAAGCAUUAUGUGCUAUGUUCCAUCGCGGAAAGCUUGGAGACUGCUAAGAGAUACUCGUAUCGACCGAGAGGGUCACGUGAUGGCGAUCAGUGAAAACCUCUCUUAUAUUUUUGGUGGACGCGCCUCGGAAAGCAAGAAUUUUUUAUCCAAUUUGAACACACUACAACUUGAUCCCGUUCUAAAAACAUCGCAGCCAAUCAGAGGCCCGGAACAAGAUCGAUAUUUCGCGGCCGCGGCCAUUUUGGAUGGAAUAAUUUACAUAUUUGGCGGGAAAACAAGUGAUCGAUUUUAUAAUGUUACGGAGACGGUCGUCUCAUACGAUCCGAGCACGAAUACGUGGCAUUCUGAGCCUUCACUGACCUAUCCACGGUACGCUCACUGUGCUGUGGCUCUACACGGAAAUAUCUAUGUCAUGGGGGGACAAAGUGGAAGCGGAAAUAUUCUAAGAAGCGUAGAGAAGUAUUCCCCUCGCACGGGUGAAUGGACUUGCGCGCCAUCUAUGACAAUUGCCAGAAUGUUUGCCAGCGCUGUCGUCUUGAAAAACCAAAUUUUCAUUACUGGAGGGAAGAAUGGCUGGGAGAAUAGCGAAAUUCUAUCCAGUACCGAGAUCUUUGAUGCUUGCACUAACGUCUGGACGGUGCUAGGCGCGCAACUUUGUGUAGCGCUGUUUGCCUGUGGUAUCGCACGUGUCGGAAGUAGGGUGUACGUGUUUGGUGGCGCAGAUGGCCUGGGUCGAGGACAAGGGAGUGUUGAGUGCUAUGAUGCCGGGCGUGAUGAAUGGACCAUCACAGAUAAAAUGCCGUCUAAACGCGCCUUUCUCCAGGCUGGGGUUAUAAGCCUCUCAAAGGAAUACGUGGAAAAUGAGCAAAACAUCACACCAAAACUAGACGUGUAACCCUUGGAAUAGUACGAAUCAGUAUAUCUUGAAGGGAGAGGGGUGUGACAGGGCAAUAAGUAAAUAUGGCGGGUGGUAAAUUCAUAUUUGAGCAGCCAUACAGGUCUUCUAAAAUUUCACUAGAAAGAAACAGGUUUUGCUACGCCGAUACCCAGAGCUUCGCUUGUGCCCUAAUAAAGGCUAUAGGUUAUUUUAAAAGGGGGACAAUAAAAGCAGAUAAAUAAAGGAGGUUAUUGUAUCAUGUCAAGAAACGACCUAGUUCCAGGCCUCUGAUUAGCUGCGAUGUUUUCAGGGAGAAAGUGAAAUAUUGUAGUUCACCGCGACAAGCCCCACCCAAUUCCACCAAUAUUUUAGGUCCUGUGUCCUUGACUUUCUUGCCCUCGCUGUUAGGCGAAUCAACAACAAAAGGUACCCUGCGCAGCUCCUUUUGUAAUUCGCCCCCAGACUCUCUCGACGGCGUCUAAGAUGGCGACAUACGAGUAACGGAUUUCGUGUUUCUGGCUAAAACACUUUACUUGCUUGCAUGCAGGCUGAACAGGAAGAAACAGAGCUAGGGAGAUGUUAUGACCGCCUUCCAGGAAAUUCAUUUAUAUAUAUUAUCGUUUUUUUCGGUUUAAUGACACUAUUAUCUACCAUUUACUAUCCUUUAUGGCCAUUAUAACUCUCAUUCAUCAGAAGACUCAGUGUUGACCGGGGCCAUCCAGAAGGGGAUAGGGUUAAUUACCUCCAUUCCUACGGCAAUGGGCAAAUUGCGCCCGGAGUACACGAGUGUGUGUUGACACGUUUUAUCAGUGUGCUCACGGAUAAGGGGUGUGGUCACUGCGCAUAGGAUAAAUGUCCAAAAUAAGUAACCCGCAGCUAUAAGGAGAUGUGGCUAAUAAAUAUAUACAUCACUAUUUCAUUCGUCAAUAUCAUUAUCCCUCUACUUUUGGCAUGUGUUUGUAUAAAUUGAGAUGAUUCAUAUAUCGCUGAAAGCAUUUCAGCAACCCCAACAAAAGCACGUGUUUGCUCGCAAUAUAUCCCAUAUAUAAUCUACCACGGAUGUAUAAGUCGAUGCAGGAAUACCAUUGAAUUGUUAGAGCGGAAUAAACAAAACUAGGUUAGUAGAAGUUAUUUUCUCUCUCGUGUGCGAUCAUGUCUUCUAUACCAUACCAUUACAUUUAUUAGAGCGGAAUAAACAAAACUAGGUUAGUAGAAGUUAUAUUCUCUCUCGUGUGCGAUCAUGUCUUCUAUACCAUACCAUUACAUUUUUUAGAGCGAAAUAAAC